UGUAUGGGUGUUUCCUUUCUAGCAUUUUUUUUUUUUUUAAUGUAACUAAAAUCACUAUGGGGACAUUUCAUGGAUACAGAUACUUUUUUGUUGCACAAUGUUUUUUAGAGAACACAAUGAGGAAUCAGCAGUAAGGAUGCACUGCAAGCUGCAAUCAUUGGUCCACAGCAAGUCUGCAUCUUGCAUUUCCAUCCUGAUUCCAGGGAAAGGCAGUAGGCAGCACACAGCCCCUUUGCAGGUCUAAUUGCCCCUGGCUGGGCUGGGCAAGGUGUCUAGGAAAUGACUCCUCUAUCUGCAGCAGGUAUGCAAGGAGCUUAACAGGCUGAUGUCCCUCAAUUGAGACAACAGAGGGGAUGCUAAUGCUGCUUGUGGUGCUGAGGCUGUUGCUGGGAGAGUCUGCUUCUGCGACAGGGGAGGACAAGACGAACAGUUGAAGGAGCCUCACAGCGCAUGCUCCUUCCCAAACACUGACUUAUAUUCUCAGUCAAGGUAUCAAGGAAAAAAAAUCUGCAUUUUUUAGAAAGAAGAACGUCCACUGAAGAAAAAAAAUAAAAAUAAAUAAAUAAAGAAUACUCCUUUCAGAGUAUUAGACAUCAACAGAUCUCUUGACAGUAUGACACAUCAGAAGAAUGAGAGAGAAGGAUGUGUACCAAGACACCAGCUCAGUUCUUUUUGUGGAUUACAUUUGAAGUAAAAUGUAUGGAUCUACCUUGUGCUUGCCCUUGUAUAUAGACCAUGAGACUUGACUGAAGCAAUAUCUAUAUCGUCCAUCUAUGGCGAACGAUAGCCAUGCAUCUGACAACAUCCUGCAAAAUGUGUCUCCUUUAACAGCAUUUUUAAAACUGACUUCAUUGGGCUUCAUCAUAGGAGUCAGUGUGGUGGGCAACCUUCUUAUCUCCAUCUUGCUAGUGAAAGAUAAGACCUUGCACAGAGCUCCAUACUACUUCCUUUUGGAUCUUUGCUGCUCAGAUAUCCUAAGAUCUGCUAUUUGUUUCCCAUUUGUGUUCACCUCGGUAAAGAAUGGUUCUACGUGGACUUAUGGGGCUCUUACUUGCAAAGUGAUUGCAUUUCUUGGUGUUUUGUCUUGCUUUCACACCGCGUUCAUGCUCUUCUGCAUAAGUGUGACCAGAUACUUAGCCAUAGCGCACCAUCGAUUUUAUACAAAAAGGCUGACCUUUUGGACUUGCCUGGCAGUAAUUUGUAUGGUGUGGACUUUAUCUGUAGCUAUGGCCUUCCCCCCUGUUUUAGAUGUUGGCACCUACUCCUUUAUAAGGGAGGAAGACCAAUGCACAUUUCAGCAUCGUUCCUUCAGGGCCAACGACUCUUUAGGAUUUAUGUUACUCCUCGCCCUCAUACUUCUAGCCACACAGCUUGUCUACCUCAAGCUGAUAUUUUUUGUUCAUGAUCGAAGGAAAAUGAAGCCAGUCCAGUUUGUAGCUGCCGUAAGCCAGAACUGGACUUUCCAUGGUCCUGGAGCCAGUGGGCAAGCAGCGGCUAACUGGCUCGCUGGCUUUGGAAGGGGCCCCACACCACCGACCUUACUGGGAAUAAGGCAAAAUGCAAACACCACAGGCAGGAGAAGGCUUCUGGUUCUAGAUGAGUUCAAAAUGGAAAAAAGAAUCAGUCGAAUGUUCUAUAUCAUGACAUUCCUUUUCCUGACCUUGUGGGGUCCAUAUUUGGUAGCUUGUUACUGGAGAGUUUUUGCAAGAGGUCCUGUGGUGCCAGGGGGAUUUCUAACAGCAGCUGUCUGGAUGAGUUUUGCCCAAGCUGGAAUCAAUCCUUUUGUCUGCAUUUUCUCUAACAGGGAGCUGAGGCGCUGUUUCAGCACAACCCUUCUUUAUUGCAGAAAAUCCAGGUUACCAAGGGAACCUUACUGUGUUAUAUGAAGGAGCAUCUGCAGAAAUGUUUAGGCUUGUGAAACACUACCCUUGUCGGCAAAGCAUUUGUGGCCUGUAGCCAUUUCUUGAGAAGAAGAUCAAGAAUGGAACGUCUGCAGCAUUGUGCAUACUUUGCAAUAGCGCACCUGUAAUCCUAUUUUAACCUAAAGUGCUCCUGCAGGCCACCCGAGGAAGGUUUGUAAUUGAAACAAAGGACUCAACCCAUGGAUCUAAUUUUAUAUCUGUGGUUGAAAGUUAGAUCUUGCAAAAUGGCAGGUGCUACAAUUCACUGCUGAAUGCUGUGUAUAUCACCACAUUAAAAAAAAAAAAAAAAAAAAAAAAAAAAACAACACAAAAAACAAACAAGAUAAACCCAGAAAGGUUAGCAUUUGGACAUCUAAAUAAAUUGAAUUGAGGUAAUGUGUUAAUAAACAUGCUUUUAAGAGUUUGAAGACUCUGAAUAUUUAAUAUUGUUUGGGGGUUUGUUUUUUGUUUUUUCUUCUUCUUUUGCAAAAAUUGACAAAUGAGAAUUUAAAAUACUGUACCCGAUUAAGGAUUUGUCAUGCAUUAUUGGAUUCAUCUUACUAAAAGGUUGCUUUACUUUUGUAAAUCUUGGGGAGCAUUUCAAAGCAGUAUUUUUUUGUUAAAAUUAUAUUCUAAUUUUUCAAGUAUUCUUUCGAUAAACAAUUGAAGGUUUUCUUUAAGAGUGAUACUCGCAAUUAAAUGUAAUCUGUGUUCUUUUUUUUUUUUUUUUCUUUAAUUUGGCAAAUAUUAAUUUAUCCUUUUGUUUCGGACAAACCUAGAUAUCAAUCUCUUUGGCAACAUAAUAUGCUUAUUGCAGUAUUAAAGGAUUUACAUAUGGAACACUCACAAUGAUACAGAAUACAUCAUGUUGCCUUAAUGGGUUACAUAGUAUCAUCUAUUUUAUGUGAGACAAUUGGAUCAGUCACUUGUGGUCAGUCUCUUGGGAGGGCAUGAAAGAUUGUUUGUACCAUGUCUUUCAUUUCACUCCCAUUGUUCCCCAAAUCAGUAUGCACAUUGCUUGGGUGAGCGCCGCCUUUCAUAUGUGCUACAAAUUCGGGUCCAUUGUAUGAAAUACAGGCAGUUGAAUAUGUUUAUAUUUUUAAGUCAACUGUCGUGGAGAGAACAGAAGCAUUGGUAUUAUAUUUUGCACAAUUUGUGAAGCAUUAAUUCUACGGAAGGCACAGUCCUGUUUAUACUUUCUGCACAUUUUGGUGUAUUGGUUGUUUAAAUUAUUUUAUUUUUAUUUAUUUUAUUAUUAUUUUUUGUUCUUGUGAAAACCUAUCAUUUUUAGUAUUUUAGAAUAACAUUAGAGUCUGUGAGUCUUUCUUUCCUUCUUUAAGAUACAGAUGUGUGUGAAAUUGAAAUAUAAAGUUGCAUUUGCCAAAUUUUUUUCUUGUGUAGCCUGU